CGAAUUCAUUCACAACACGAGUUACGAAUUAUCAAGAAGAACACCAUAAAGUCCGCUGACAAAACGCAGUUCACUCCGCGAUCCGGACGGCGAGUUCUAGCCAUGACGUACAUAGCUAGCUAGCUAGCUAGUGCAGCCCCUCCCUCUUUCUGGAACAGCGGGGAAAACCGGAAACAGGGCAGGUGGGCGUAAGAUGGCGCUAAGUUUGCCAAAAAACCUUCUUCCUCUUCUGCUCCUGUUACUGUGCUGCUUAGGAUCAACACGAGGAGGAAAAGUUCAAGUUCACCUAGUACCACAUACCCACCUGGACACUGGCUGGGUGAAGACUGUAGACCAGUAUUACUAUGGAGCACACAAUGAGAUCCAGCAUGCAGGUGUGCAGUAUAUCCUACACACAGUCAUACAAGAGCUCCAGAGCAACCCUAGCAGGACCUUCAACUGGGUCGAGAUGGCAUUCUUUAUCAGAUGGUGGAAUGAGCAAAACAAUGCCACAAAAGACGCUGUAAGAAAGCUGGUGACAGAGACCCGCCAGCUGGAGUUCCUCAAUGCUGGAUGGACAAUGAAUGACGAGGGAGUCACCGACUACAACUCUAUCAUCGACCAGAUGACUGUGGGACUGAGAUUUGUGGAAGAGAACUUUGGACCUUCGGCCAGACCACGGGUUGCGUGGCACAUCGAUACAUUUGGACACUCUUCUGAGAUGGCCACCAUACAUUCUCUUCUUGGCAUGGAUGGAUUUUUCUUUUUCCGUGUGGACUGGGCUGACAGGAGGAACAGACAGGAGAGCAAGACUAUGGAGAUGGUGUGGAGAGGCAGCCAGAGCCUGGGGCAGUCUACUGAGAUCUUCACUGGCAUCCUCUACUCUGGAUAUGGCCCUCCUAAAGGUUUCUGUUUUGAUCUCCAGUGCUCGACUGUCGUACCUGUCCAGGAUGACCCGGACCUGGAGGAGUACAAUGUGGACGAGAGAGUGGCUGAUUUUGUUAAUGCAGUCCUGACCCGCAAUAGCUGCUAUGAGACAGGUCAUGUGAUGCUGACAAUGGGAUCUGACUUCCAGUACGAGAGUGCCGUGGAAAACUAUCUGAACAUUGAUAAACUCAUCCACUACGUUAAUGCAAAGAGUGAUCAAUUGGAGGUCUUCUAUUCAACUCCAUCUCGGUAUGUUGAUGCUAUCAACAAGUUGAACAAAACAUGGACUCUAAAAACUGAUGAUUUUUUCCCGUACUCUGACAACCCUUUCUCAUAUUGGACAGGUUAUUACAGCAGUAGACCAGGACUGAAGGCAUACUGA